UUUUUUUAAAUAUUUAAAGAAAUGAAUAGAAUUUUUCUUUCUAUAAAUACCCAGUUCGAUCUCGCAUUUUAUUCAUCCCGGCCACUUCUUGUUGAAAUCAAGUUUUACGAGUAUAAUCAUCGCAAAUGGCUGCUAAAACUCCCACAGUUCCUCUUCUCACUCCUUACAAAUUGGGGAAGUUCGAUCUAUCCCAUAGAGUGGUUUUGGCGCCAUUGACCAGACAGAGAUCUUAUGGCAAUGUUCCUCAGCCACAUGCUAUACUGUACUAUUCUCAAAGAACCUCCAAAGGCGGUCUUCUGAUAGCUGAAGCCACUGGAGUUUCAGACACUGCUCAGGGGUAUCCAGACACACCUGGCAUAUGGACAAGAGAGCAAAUUGAAGCAUGGAAACCCAUUGUAGAUGCUGUUCAUGCAAAAGGUGGAAUCUUCUUUUGUCAAAUUUGGCAUGUUGGGAGGGUUUCAAAUCAAGGUUUUCAACCAAAUGGACAAGCUCCAAUUUCUUCAACUGACAAACCUUUUACCCCACAAAUUCGAGCUUAUGGUAUUGAUGUUGCACAGUUCACUCCUCCAAGGCGGCUUAGGACAGAUGAAAUCCCUGGAAUUGUCAAUGAUUUUAGGCUUGCGGCAAGGAAUGCUAUUGCAGCUGGUUUUGAUGGAGUUGAGAUCCAUGGAGCUCAUGGUUACCUGAUUGAUCAGUUUAUGAAAGAUCAUGUGAAUGAUCGAACGGACCAAUAUGGUGGAUCCCUAGAAAAUCGUUGCCGAUUUGCACUUGAAAUAGUAGAUGCUGUUGCUAAUGAGAUAGGAGCAGAAAGGGUUGGAAUAAGGCUAUCUCCUUUUGCAGACUUUAUGGAAUCUGGAGACUCAAAUCCAAAAGCGUUGGGCCUUUACAUGGCUGAAUCUUUACACAAGUAUGGGAUUCUCUAUUGUCACGUGGUUGAGCCAAGAAUGAAUGGAGUUUUGGAAAAUCCUAACACUUCCGACAGUCUUCUACCCAUGAGAAAGGCUUUUAAGGGUAGUUUUAUUGUUGCUGGGGGUUAUGAUAGGGAAGAAGGAAAUAAUGCCAUCAUAGAAAACCGCACAGAUCUUGUUGCUUACGGUCGUCCAUUUUUAGCCAAUCCAGAUUUGCCUAGAAGGUUUGAGCUCGAUGUUCCUCUCAAUAAGUACAACAGAGAAACAUUCUACACCUCCAAUCCUGUUGUUGGUUACACUGACUAUCCAUUUCUUGAAGAUUCUGCUUAGAUCUCCACAAGAACCAAAGCUGUGGCCGGAAAUUUAAAUUAUCUAAUAUAAUUCUUCUUCGAAAUACAAUGUUUUUUUUUUCUUUUUGGCUAAAAAUUGUUUUGUUUUGUGCUGUACAAGUGCAAUGAAAAAUAUGCUUAUAAAUCUUGAGGAAAUAAUCCAAGGUGCAAGGGUUAAACACC